CGUCUCACACCAACAGUCCAACCACGGCUUGGGACAGCAUCUUGUCAAUAGAUCCAUAUCUAGAGCUACAGUUCUGACAUUAUUCUUACAACGCGCUUCCAACUCGCAAAACACGGCCGCAAAAAUCUUCCACCCAACACUUCUUUCUUCGAAGACUGGUCUCGGAAAAACAACUAAAAGGAGCGCACGAUGAACGCCCCUGACCGAUUUGAGUUAUUCUUGCUAGGUGAUGACGAGAAGAAGGUCGAAUUCAAGGAGGAGACCCGUGUCCCAAACACCGCCAUUUUCACCUUCAACAAGGAAGACCACACUCUCGGCAACCUCCUCUCCCAGCGUCUCCACAAGUACCCCUACAUUACCUUCUCCGCGUACAAAGUCCCGCACCCACUCUUCGCUAAGUUCGAGCUGCGUGUCUCGACUGACGGAACCAUCACUCCCAAGGAUGCAGUCGUUCAGUGUGCCAAGGACAUCGUUCAGGAUCUCGAGGUGCUGAGCCGAUCUUUCACGACCGAAUGGCUUGGCAAGCGUAUUGUUCACGAGGGCGAGGCUGAGCGCCUUGCCCGUGAGCAGAACAACUACUAGAGCCGUUUCUCCUCUAGGCGUGCCCGCGUUUCCCUCUGGGUGUACUUUUUUCAUGUAGCCAUCUUUUCUCAUGGUGUGCCCAGUUUUCGUCCAGGAAUAACAAGGAUAUUUAUCUGUAUGGCUCGGCGUCUGGUGGUCUUCAUCUAGGAUAUAUCCUACAUUCAGGUCGGCGGUCAACUGGAUUCGGUUUUCAGGCGUGAAUUCUACGGUUGGGUCCCGGAUAUGAGGUACUCUAGCUUUGUCUCUUACUUGCAGAGUUGACGAAAUGCUAGCAUAGCUACCUCCGGUAAACACUUGCGCGCAAAUGCGUGCAAUAUGAUGUAUACGACUUGCAAUAUCCCCAACCUUAACGAUAGAGGUGCUUAUGAAGCUUACAUAAGCUUGAGAUAUAGUUACG